AAUGGAAUUCCGAAAUUAUUGCGCGAAAAUCAACGAAAUGACAGCACGAGUUAGAAUGGCUGAGAAUGGUGCACAGUUGGUAAGCAGACUUGAAGGGCGACAGUCAUUGAGGGACAUUGAACCCAAUAUAUUUCCCGUCGACGGUGGUCCAGGUCAAGGUGACGUCGUGGAGUUUCAUGGCUUGGAGGGCACAGGAAAGACAGAAACCUUGUACCACGUCAUCACCCGCUGCAUCAUGCCAGUCCAGAGUGGAGGUCUGGAGGUGGCGGUGGUCUUCGUUGACACGGACUACCACUUUGACAUGCUGCGCUUAGUGAGCGUUCUGGAGGGGCGUUUGGCUGAAGGCUCUAAGGAGGGUGAUGGCUCUGAAAACGAAUCCGAGGAGAGGGUACGUUCAUGUCUGUGCAGGCUGUCUGUAGUGCACUGCAACAGCUCAGUACAGCUCCUCCUAACCUUACAGUACCUCGAAAACACCUUUUCCAGCCAGCCCUCCCUCGGCCUUCUGAUCAUCGACAGCAUUUCUUCCUUCUACUGGGUGGACAGAUUCAAUGGCGGCGAGAGCACUGUUUGUCAGGAGGCUAACCUGAGAAAGUGUGCCGAGUUGCUGGACAGACUCCGCAGAAACUAUGGCAUUGUGAUUUUUGCCACUACUCAUGCCAUAAUGAGGAACUAUGCAUCUGAUCCAGGGGUGUCAGAAGUGCCCGGCUCAUCAUCAUCAUCAUCAUCAUCAUCUCGCAGGUGGAAAGCCAAGAAGCUCAUUUCCUCUUGCACCUGGACUGCUUUGGACAUCUUCCCUAGAAUCCUUGACCUUUAA